AUGACUGACGAGUUGCUCAACUGUUUUACUCAAAUCCCAUUAUUGGAAUCAUUCCAGUUUACACCUGCGUUAAUUGAAGCUGCUUUGUCCGAUCCAUCAUGCUCAUCAGUUGGCACCGUAUUGGUCUUAUACACUGGUGGAACUAUCGGAAUGCGGUCUCAUGGGGGCGUCUACGAACCAGAACCUGAUUUCUUAGUAAAGAAAGUGAUGUCGAUGUCAAUGUUCCAGGAUAAAUCGUUUGUGGAGAGGAAUCAAAUUCACGUAACUUACUACAAAUCGAAACGUGCUGAGUAUGUGGAUGGUUCUUCGGAAAGGAAUCAGGAAAGCGAAUCUCCAUGGCCAUUAAUUUGCUUGCCUCCAACAACCGAAAAUCGUCGUAUUUUCUUUACGAUUGCAGAGUACAAAGAUCUUCUUGACUCUUCCAACUGCACAAUUGACAAUUGGAUCCAGAUCGCCAAGCAUAUUGAGUUCUUUUAUGACAGGUUUGAUGGAUUCAUUGUUCUUCAUGGAACGGAUACCCUGGCUUAUGGGGCCUCGUUCCUUUCAUUUAUUCUCGAAGGGCUUCGUAAACCUGUGAUUGUGACUGGUUCGCAAAUUCCCAUUGGUGAACUCAGAAGUGACGGGAGAGAGAAUUUUUUGGGAUCUCUGUUGAUCGCUGGUGGAGGACAGAUGGUUCCUGAGGUUGCCGUUUUCUUUAACAAUAAGGUU